AUGAAUCCAUCUCAUCCCGCUCCACAACUUCCUCCAGGCUGGAUUGCUUUAUGGGACGAAGGAUCACAACGCUAUUAUUAUUUAGAACAAGCAACUGGUAGAACUCAGUGGGAACUUCCAACACAAUCUUCCUCGUCUUUUAAUCCAGUGAACAGUGGAGAAGCAAAUAGCUAUCAUUCAAACUUCCCUGGUGAUAACUCUCCAGCCACUUCAUCUUAUCCACCUCAACAACCGGGUUAUCCACCACAAUUUCCUAAUGCCAAUAGUCCUCAAGUCACUACUUCAUAUCCUGGACAGCAACAACAAGCAUAUCCUUAUCCAGGAUCCUCCAAUCCUCAGAGCCCAUAUCCACCUACUGGUAUGGAAGGAGAGCAACAAGAUAGAGGAUUAGGAAAGAUGCUUAAAGGUCCUGGAGGCGCCAUUGCAGCUGGUCUAAUUGGGUUUGCUGCGGGUAAACUCAUGAAUAACCAUCACGGAGGCCAUCAUCAACAGCAGCAAUCGUAUUAUCCCCCUCCUCCAGGUUAUGGUGGAUACCCUCAAGGAUACGGUGAACAUCAUGGAAGUCAUCAUCAUAAACCUCAUUUCUUCUAA